UUCAGUUUUCCCUUACUUUAGAGGAAACAGGGCGAAUCGAAAAGGCCCAAACGAUUAUGCCUAUUAUGUUUGAAAAUGAGAUAAAAAUUGAGUAGACAUUUAAAAAGAAACAUCACAACAACAAAAACAUAGUGUUUGUAUAUACCAUACAAAUUUUAUCUUUUGGAUUUGGAAAUAUGAUUUCUUUUCAUUAAAAUUCAUUUUAGGAAGAUUCGACCUCAACAAGUUCGUCAUGAGAUGUUCCUGUGGAAAACGUUAUGACCCAUUUUGUUUGAGUAAUUUACUUGGAUCUGGUUAUUGGCCUGGAUCAUUGAAGCAAAUUAACUGCAUUUUUCAUGAAAGUUGCUUCAUAAUGUGGGACAGAUUUUCAAAGCGAAUGCCUGGUUCAUCAAUUAGUAGUUUUGUAAAGUCAUUGGAGGAUGUUUCUCGAUUUCAUUCCAGGACGGAUGUGAUCAGUUGCACAUUAUUCACCAGAACUUUCAGAGAAUGGAAAUAUGGGCAACACGAACUUGACAAACUGACGACUGUACCAAUAUUUUCAUGUCCUGCUUGUGAUCAGCAUCAACAGUCUUGUCAUGUUGAUGGUAAUAAUAAGUUGUACCGUUAUAAAACGUCAGGAAAGUAAGUUUGCAGAUCAUAUAUCAUUAUUCAGGACCCUAUUGGAUAACAGUACUAUUUUGUAACUGAAAAAGAAGAAAGGCAAAAAAGUUUUAUUUCGAGAAAUAUUUCUAAAUCUGUCGGUGAAUAAUAACAAUGAAAAAAGACAGGGUGCAUUUCAGUAAGCUGCUAUAAUGAUUAUCACUGCAGCCUGAUUACACACAUUUUGCAAUGAAAAUUGAUAUAUAUAGUGUAAAAUGCUUGAAAUUUUUCUUUCCAAAGAUUUCUUUAACAAGAAAACUGUACCUUUACAGAAUUCUCUAUUUUCCAAAAAAUUAAUGUUUAUCAGUUGUUUCCUCAAAUAAUUAUUUUUUUCAAAAACUUAGAUAUUUUUUUGGUAGAUUUAUUUAUAUCAUCAAAUGAAAAAGUUGGUGAACAUUUACAAAGUCUAGAUUAUUCAAAACAAACAUCGAAGGUAGGUUUUAGUGUGUUCUCAUACUUUCUUGUGUCACUGUGAGUGAAGACUUGCCAGUACAGUAUUCCUUUUCUGUCUCCAUACUCAUUUUUUUAUUUCUGUUUAUAUUAUUCAAGAAGUUGCACAAAGUUGCAUGCGGUUCUAGUAUACUUAAAGCAGCUCAGGACAUAUCACGAAGAAAGGCUGCCUUAGAUGAAACUGGAUUGGAAUAUUGUGUAUGUCGACAUGGCAUUGCCCUAAAAGGAGUAAAUAUGUUCCGUGGUGAAAUCUUUGGCUAUGCACAUUACUUACAGACAAUUUUCAUGUUAUCCCAGAAUGUGGAAUUCUUUUGGUAUGAAAUUGUUUGUAAGUAUUGGCCAUGGCUCAAAUCACAUGAUCCUUUCGCUGCUGAUCAAAUGAAACCCGCAUUGUCUGUAAUGCAUGGGAAAAUACAUCAGAUGUCAUGUCAGGUGAACUCAUUUUUGCCAUCUUUUUUUAAUUGUAAUGCUUGCUAGCAAAAUCAUAAUAUCAAUUUAUAUUCAGGCAAAAUUUUGUAAUAUAGUGAUAUGUAUUUGAAAUGAUCGAUCUAUAGGUUCAAUGGAGUGGAAGAUGGCAAGAAGGGUCAGCUAAAUCAUCGGGUGAAGAAGCUAAACAAGUGAAUAGUUAUUUGUCGCGUAAUGGAAAUACAACAAAGUACAUGCUUCCCCAAAGUAGUUUCUAAUUGUGAUUUCUAUUUAUUCCAAUCCUUCUAAUUAUUAUUGUUUAUUAGAAGAAUAAACCUUUUGGUAAAACCAACUUCUUGUGUAGAUAGAGAAGAUGUGAUAAC